AUGGCGGAAGUAGCAAGGCCGAGCCCUCUGGGCGAAAGUUCCAGCCAGGACACCUCAGAUAAACAGGUGCACCCAACCCUACAAGAAACCGAUCAUGGAGCGGAAACAGACCUCCGCCGCACCCUGUCCACCCGGCAUCUGACCAUGAUCGCCCUUGGCUCGUCCAUUGGCAUGGGCCUGUGGCUUGGAAGCGGUACUUCCUUGCGCAAUGGCGGCCCUGCCGCCCUCUUCAUCGGGUACAUCCUCGCGGGGACGAUGAUCUGGUCUGUGGCUCAUGCUAUUGGCGAGAUGGCCGUUCUGUAUCCGCUGCCGUCUGCCUUCGUGCAAUGGAGCAGUAUAUUUAUCAGCAAAGAGCUUGGCUUCGCCGUCGGCUGGGCUUACUGGUUCAGCGCGUUCAUCACGAUUGCCAACGAGCUACAGGUUGGCAACCCUCCAUACCUGACGUUCUUUGCACAUUGCCAACUCAAUCCAACGCCAGUUGUCUCUGCCGGAGGGGCACCAAACCAUGAAGCAGUCGGCUUUCGCUAUUGGAAUGCAGAGCCAUUCACCAACGGCUUCAAGGGCUUUCUGAGCGUGAUGCCAACCUGCAUCUUUGCGAUGUCCGGCUCCGAGAAUAGUGCAUUGGUCGCAGCCGAGACGCAGAAUCCUCGUCGGUCUGUUCCCCGGGCCGUUGGCUCAAUCUGGUUGCGUCUUUCUUUGUUCUACCUUCUUGGAGCGGUCGUCGUGACCAUCACCGUUUCCCCAGAGGACCCUAACCUGUUCGGCGCCUCGGGAACUAAUGCAUCGCCCUUUGUCAUUGCAUACACGAAUGCCGGUAUACCGCACUUCCAUCGCAAGGAUCAGCCAAAUACUGAGGAGCAGAUCUUUGGCCGCGCCGACAGGAAAGGCCGUCCGGUUGCAGGACUGGUAGUCACGCUCCUCCUCGGUGGUGGAUUUUCCUAUCUUAAUGUCAGCCAAAGCGGCGCAGACGUCUUUUCAUGGUUGUCGAACCUCACCUCCCUCUUCACCCUGUUCGGCUGGGGCUCCAUCUGCGCAUCCCAUCUGCGCAUGCGGUACGCGUGGAAAAACCAGGGCCGAUCUGAAGCUGAUCUGCCCUGGAAGACGUGGACUUAUCCCUAUGCCUCAUGGUGGGGACUCUCCUGGUGUAUCCUGCUCAUCAUCGCCGAGUUUUACUUGAGUGUCUGGCCGCUUCAUACGAACCCCAACGUAACAGACUUUUUUGCCAACUAUGUGAGCAUCAUUGUUGUUCUUGUUGUGUAUCUCGGUGCGAGGCUCUGGUACCAAGGUCCGUGGUGGGUGGAUGCCGCGAGCAUUGAUCUGGAUGCGCCGAGGAGGUUUUACGCCCCAGACGAUGCAGAGGGAAAGAAAGUGAAUGUCUUGGAGAAGUCGGUGGGGUGGAUUUUUAAAUAA